AUGUCGGACCCUCAAGGCCUUCAGCCCCAGCUUGUGGAUGCUCAAGCGCUGCACCCCCGGCCAUCACCUCACCCUAUUCAAGACCAUGAGCAAGCAGGCUUGCUCGACGACAAUGGACUUCUCGUGGGAAAGGGAGCCGCUGGUAUCCGAGCCCCGAAACCUGCAUCUCUGAACUGGGGCCGCAUGAAGGACGGCCAACGGGACCAGUCGGUCGAGAGCAGUUUCGGGACAUCGGGUUCCGCGAUGAGUGAUACCGUGUCUCCUAUCUCGCCGGUGAGCUCCUCCGAAGCUCUGCGCACCCCCAAUCUCCAGCGUCACCCGUAUAAGCAACCCCCGUCACCGGGGGGUACAUCGCAAUUGCCUCCCCGCCUCCAUUCGCCUGCCUCGCAGAUAUUCGAGCGAAGCGUUCAGGAAGACAUGGUGCCGCCCCAAGCGUCGCCUUCGAUCCCUGCACACAUUCGAACGGAGAACUAUAUUCCACCCGUCCUCGAGGCAUCCUCGGCCGCUAUCACGGAUGACCAUCUUGACCCGGACUCGGUGGAGAUCGUCACCCAUAGCCUCCACCAGCCCGCGGCGGGGGGUGUCACGGGUUCUGCAACAGAGCAGUCUCUUUCCUCCUCGAUCAUUGAUGAUCAUGGUGGACCACACCAAUCACAACACUCUGAACUCGACGAAAUGUCGUCUACUUACGGGGCACUAGACACAGCGGAUGUGCGGCGCUUGAGCUUUAUUUCUUUUGCCGACGUGGUCAACGCCGAACAUGCAGGAGACCCCUCCCAAAGCACGCCAGCCUCGGGCAACCCGGUGAUGUUAGGAUCGCAAAACAGGUCCCCGUCCCCACUACGCUCGCCUGGUUCCUCGCAUGGGCUUGGAACUUCCCCACCUACAAGCAUUGCGACCUCUUUCAAGGGACUCGAGAUGUCUCCCAGCCAUGGGGUUCGUGGUGCAGGAAGCCCAUUGCCAUUGGCUCAAAGUCCAGUCUCCUCCAGCUUUGGCGGAGAGCUCAAUGUCGAGACGAUGCGUCAAGCGCUAAGGCGAACCGGCAGCGGGGACUUGGGUGGAGCGGCCAGUCAGGCUGCCAGUGCAAUUGGCAACGACGAGGUUUUGGAUCGUUCAUUCUAA